GCAGCUCGAAGCGAGCGGACGCCGCGGGUUCUCGCUCUCUCGUUCUCUCUCGUUCUCAAGACAGAAGAGAGCACAGCCAUAGAACAAGAACACCGGGAGAAAUGACCGCGGAGUGUGCGUUCGCCGCCUCCACAUAGCGACGACGCACGGAGGUGAUCGUCGAGGACGAGGAGGAAGGCUGCCGCCCUGUACAGGUUCUACAUUGUACAAGUGAGUGGGUGACUGGGCAACUGUUCGAGUGUCUGACUGAUAGCGUGUGUGAGUGGGCUAGUGGUUGGGUACAUGAACUAUUGGGUGGGAGGGUGAGUGAGUGAACAACUGGCUGGGUGAGAAAGCGGGUACAAGAGUAGGCUCACUAGUUUAGAAGUAGGUAGGUGGGUAGGUUAUCGGGGAAGUCGACAAGUAGGUUGGGCAAAUGGCGAGCAAGUAGAUGAGUGGGCGAGUGGAAGAGUGGACUCGAGGGAGAAUAGGUGAACGAGUGAACGAGUGGAGAGUAGGUGGGUUAGUGUGUGAGUGGGCGCGUGCGUGAGCGAGUGGAUUGGUGAGUGUGUGAGUGUGCAGCAAGAUGUCAAACAUGUGCCACUACAAUGGUUCCAUCGAAUUCUUCUACAACAACAGCAACAAGGAGCUCCCGCACGAGUGGGGCACCCUUCAGGUGGUGACGCUGGCGCUGGGCAUCUUCGUUUCGGCCCUCGUCCUCUUCGCCAACGGGCUCGUCAUCGCUGCCGUCUACGUCAACAAGCGCUUCCACGUGCCCAUCUACUACCUGCUUGGGAACCUGGCGGCGGCCGACCUGUUCGCGGGCAUCGCCUACAUUUUCCUGCUCGCGAACACGGGGCCCAACACGCGCAACCUCACCGUGCGGACCUGGAUGCUGCGCCAGUCGCUGCUCGACACCAGCCUAACGGCGUCGGUCGCCAACCUGCUCGCCAUCGCCAUCGAGAGGCACGUGACCAUCUUCCGCAUGCAGCUGCACACGAAGAUGAGCAAGCGGCGCGUGAUGGUGGUGAUCGUCAUGAUAUGGGUGAUCUCCGUCUUCAUGGGCGCCCUGCCCUCCUUCGGCUGGAACUGCAUCUGCAACAUCAAAACGUGCUCGAACAUGGCGCCGCUGUACAGCGACAGCUACCUGAUCUUCUGGGCGACGUCAAACCUCGUGGUGUUUGUGGUGAUGGUGGGGCUGUACGUGCACAUCUACGUGUACGUGCGAAAGCAGACGCUGCGGAUGUCUCGGCACAGCUCGUUGCCGCGCAAGCACAAGGAGACGACGAUGAACCUGCAGAAGACGGUCUCCAUCAUCCUCGGAGCCUUCGUCAUCUGCUGGACGCCAGCCCUCGUCCUGCUGCUGCUCGACGUCGUGUGCAAGAAGGGCUGCAACCUCUACGUCUACGAGAAGUUCUUCCUCCUGCUGGCCGAGUUCAACUCGGGUGUCAACCCCAUCAUCUACUCCCUGCGCGACCACGAGAUGCAGAGCACCUUCCUGCAGGUGCUGCGCUGCCGCCGGCCACUCUACCUCGCCACCAACUCGGAGGAGGUGCAGAUCACGUCCCUCCGGAAAAACGGGCCCAAGGCCGACGGGAACAAGGGGGAGGAGCUGGCUCGCAUUGACGAAAACCUGGAGGGCAGCAGACGGGGUGACGGUGGUGGAGGUCUGCCGUGAACCGGGCCCUUUUGCUUGGGUGAGGAAGAGGGUUGAUUUGCGAUUUGAUGGAUCGGUCCAAACGGGUAAUUUUGCUCGGUGACUUAAUUUGACUGCUCACUCGACCACUCGCUUACUAACUCGCUGAACCACUUGUUGAACCACUUGCGCGUACUGGACCACUCGCUGAACUCGUCACUCCACACUCGGUUGUUUGACCUUUCUCUCAGCUGCUCGCACGUUGACCCACCUACUCGCCCAUUCCCAAAUCGUCUACUAACAUACAAGACAGGCAGUUACACACUGUCACAGAUAGAGGGACACCUUUUCAACAGACAGAUUCACAGACACAGAGCAUCUGCCUUUAUUGGGGUUCAUCAGCACUACAUGACCAUUUGCUGCCUUGUGCAUUGUGUGUAUAAGAUGAUCGCUCACUGCUGCUGCCUUGUGCUGUGGUUGUACCAUUCCAUCAUCUCUGGGUGUCAUCUUCACGGCCACAAGGGUUCGUUAACACUACUUGGCCAUCCUCCUGCUACUUCCUGACUAAAAUAAUAUGAUGUUCUCAUUGGAGUUCAUCAGCAUGCUGUGGUCAGCCACUCACUGCUACAUUGUGUGCAGGUUGAUGACACCAUUCCCAUAGUGAAUCUUCAGCGUUAACAUAUGCAGUCAUGCAUCGCUGCCUGAUGUGAAGGACUGUGUUUCAGCUUUCACUGGGUGUCAUCACCACCCUGGGGUGAGACUUAUAUCAAUACAGAGUUUGUGUGGAGCUGGAUGAGGCUCGUGUGUGUGCAUGUAUAUGGCUUUAUGUGCGUGAGUGUGCGUAGUGAGUGGCACUGCUGUGGCCUGCACAUUGCGCUGUGACCUGGGUUCAAUUCUUGCCAGUGGAUACCGGUGAGUGGUAUCUGAAUGUGCCUUGAACCUCGCCAAAGUCAAUUCUGCCUUAACUGAGCACCUGGUGUGGUGUGAAAACAUCAGCACUGGGGAAACAGGCCACGCCUCACCAUCAUGCGCCAUGAAUAUAUUUGUCGUUAUGAGAGUCUAUAUGGGACAUAAGGAAAGUAUUUAUGAAAGUGUCUUUAUUGAAAUUAAAAUAAAAGACAUGGACAAGGUUUGAGUUCCGCACACACACAACAUAACAUUGAGUUCCAUCGGUGACAAUUGUUUUUGGGCCAAUGUUUUGCAUUGACUUUUGGUUAUGCGGCAAAUGCUCGACCAGUUUCAUCUCAUCGAUAGGUGAUAAAGUUAUCCGAGAUGCACAUGACAAAUCAUAUUUAUGCCAAGAAGUUGACAUUCCCCAUGCACUUCUCAGCACUGUUGAUGCACUUGUGCCAUUGUGAAACCAAUAUGACAAUGCCAUCAUGGUAGAACUCCGGCUUGGCAUUUCCAUAUUUUUUUGGAUGGCUGCUGUUCUCGUUUCUGACACUACUUCUGGCUUUUUAACAAUAAUAACACCAAAUAUAUUGUCCAUUUGGUCUUCACACCAUUGCUAUCAUGCAGGGCUAUCGCGAAGACACUGCUUCGCCACAGAUGGCUGAACCCACUUGCUGACAAUGCUUUCACACGCACAGGUAUUCCUGUAAACAGCAUGAAAGCUGCCAUCCGUAUUUGGUAUCCGUAAUUCCACCUUUUGUGCUGGAAAGGUGAUCACAUUUGAACGACACCCACCACCACAUCAAGGAGUGUUUUGUAUGAUAACUGCAGCGCCCCCCGUGUGGCAAUGAAUGGCAACACGUGGCUUUGCUCCAUGAAUGGCACAAAUGCACAUGGGUGACUAUGCAUAAAUAUCAGCAUAGUGGACUCUGAUUACGAGUUUUUGCACAUCUCUUCUGUAUAUUAGUGUGUGCCUGUUUAUAAGUGAAUUUGUGUGCUUGCAUGUCUGCGUUUGUGCUUGGAUCUGCUUGUGUGGACGUGCAAGUGUGUUCAUGUAGGUUGACUCAGCCUUAAGUUUAUACCCGGUACCAAACAUCGGCACUCGGGAAACAAAUGUAGAUGGACGUGGUGUUGGUCGCACCACCCCCUAACUUGCCAUGCCAGUCUUAUUGUGUGUGUGCUCGCUGACAACUCUUGCUGCAACAGUGUAUAAUAUGGCUGCUGUACAAGAAAUAAUUCCCAUUGUAAUGUUUACGUAUAUGCCUGUCCAUGUGUUCACGGAUAUGUUCAUUGUAUUUUGUGUUUUAUGUACAUGAGUAAAUGUUAGGAUAUGUGUGUGUGUGUAUAUAUACUGCGUGUAUUAAUAUUCCAGUAAACGUGGACCUUUGGGCCAACAUUGAUCCAUGGGUUUCAACCACGUGCCAACAUUGGACCAACAUUUCAUGUUUACUGAGAUGUGCUCGUUAACAGCAGUUUCUUGUCCCAGUGGUCUAUGAGACUAAAAUGGGGGCUUCACUCUUUUUGUUUUUGGGGCGCCACGGUGGCGAGAUGUUAACUACCUCGCCUGGUAUACAGGAGGUCAUGGGUUUGAUCCCGACCCUGACGCCUGCUGUAUAUUUGGAGUUUGCAUGUUCUCCCCAUGGUCGCAUGGAUUCUUCUCUGGGUCCUCAGGUUUUUCCCUCCACAUUUACAAGCAAGUGUUUUGAGUAUUUGGCUGAUUCAAUUUCCACGCGAUAAGCCACUUCGUUGUUGAGAUAUCCUUUGUGGCCAGGUCGCUUAUGAAAAAGAGCUGUAAAGCUCAGUGCGUCUUACCUGGUAAUAUAACAAAAAUAGUUAAGCUUAUGAAAUUGUUUAGUGUUGUAUGUUUUCCCUGUAUUUAUGUACAUUUUAGGUCUGUAUGUUUGUAUUCGUGUGCUCAUGCGUGUACCUGUUCAUAUAUAGUUUGAUUGUAUAUGCAUGCGCAAAUAUAUAUAUGUAUGUGCAAAUACUUUUGACUGGACUUUCAUAAGGAGCCCAUUCAAGGAAGAUGUAACCCAAAAUACAAAUGGCUCUUCUCUUGUAGUUACGUGCGGACGUUGAAGGCACGUGACUAUUAAUUUCGUGAGCAAUUUGAUUAAUUGCCAUGAUUCAGGUUCACGAUUCGAUUCAAGAAUCUGUGGGUGUUUUAUGCCUCGAAUGUACACGUUUUGGUCACGGCAUCAUCAUCAGCCUCAACAUAACCAUUAGUAUAUAGAUUCUCAAACAUUGUAAAAAAUGUAUCCUCAUGUGCACUAUUUUGGUGAAGUUAAGCAUCAAAUAGUGCUGGAGUUUAAACAAAUAUACUUGUUUGCUUGUAUCAUAGAUGUCACAAUCGAUUCUAAUCAUCUCUUCGUUACACACUGGCUACAGACCGUGUGGCCCAGGUGGAUGGUCACGAUUUUGAAAAUUCCCACGUGGGGAGAGGCUGACAAUGACGAUGAACGCGAUAUUUUGUAGAGCCAUUGCCAUCACGCGAUCGUGACAUCUUAAACACAACGACAGUUGCGCUGUGGUCACGUCGCUUGGGUUGAUCCUGAAAGUCACUUUAAAGUAAUAAGUUUUUAUCAGCAAAACUUGCAACUCGUGUGGUGGACAUGCGUGGCUUUGUGUAGCUACAAGAGAAGAGCUAUUUGUGUUGUGGAUCACAUCUUUGAGAGGCUCAGGGACUCGGCCCUGUAUUCGUUAUUUAACCUGUUACCCUUGUGUAGAGAUUUUCACAACUUCACUUUGGCAUCGGAGACCUGGUCUUCUGCUGGAGAAGCUGAUGUCGUUAUUAAUGGUUGAAUAAAGGAUUUUUUUGGCAAAUACAAAGUGUCAGCGCCUCUCUGCACAAC